UUCAAGGUUGGGUGUGGUGUCAGGGCGGGGGUAGAGUGGUGGCCGGCGUACCUCCGGCAGGGGACCCACCUAUAUAAACGCAGAGCCACAGGCAGAAAUCAGCAUCAGUCGCUUUGCAGCAGCUUUAGCUACAGUCAUCAUGAAGGUCUUUGUUGUUCUCUCCGCCCUCGCCGCCGUGGCUUUCGCCGGCAACUACCCCGCGGCCGUCGCCCCCCUGGCUUACUCUGGCCUCUACAACCCCUUGGCCUACAGCUACGGAUACGCCGCCCCCGCUGUGGCUGCCCCCGCUGCCUACGCCUAUAGCGCUCCCGCUUAUGCCGCCUACGCCGCCGCCCCCGCCGUGACCACCUACGCCGCCGCUCCCGUCGCCGUCGCCCCCGUGGCCACCAAGACCCAGUACCACGCCCAGGACGAGCUCGGACAGGCCAGCUACGGAUACGCCCACCCCGGACAGGUGCACAACGCCGUCCGUGACGCCUUCGGCAACGUCGCCGGAUCUUACAGCUACGUCGACCCCAACGGCAAGGUUGUCAAGACCGACUACAUCGCCGACGCCGCCGGAUUCCGCGUUGCCUCCAACGCUCUGCCCGAGGCCCCCGUCGCCCCUGCCGUGGCCCCCGUUGCCCUGCCCGUUGGCCCUGCCCCCGUCCAGGACACCGUUGAGGUCGCCGCCGCCCGUGCCGCCCACCUGGCCGAGCACGCCGCCGUCAAGAGCCGUGCCCGUCGCGCCAUCCUCCCCUACGCCGCCUACCCCUACGCCGGAUACGCCUAUGGAGCCCCUGCCCUGACCACCUAUGCCGCCCACGUCGCCUCUCCCCUGGCCUACUCUGCCGCUCACAUCGCCGCUCCCCUGGCCUACUCCGCCGCCCCCGCCGUCGUGGCUGCCCCCGCCGUCCGCGCCGCCACCCUUACCACCGUGGUCAACACCCCCGGACACGCCGUCUCCUACCGCGUCGACUAAGCGCGAUCCGACCCCAAGAAACGACUGAUGCCUGUUGACCAUCUGCGGGUGUGUGAGAGAGAACCAACUUAAUUUAUGUCAUUCUAGAUGAGUGUCUUCGAAACUGCAGGCACUUGCAGGCUGUCAUGUUGACAGCACGCUAGGCCGCAGCUUCGCUUGUAUAGCAUCUGACUCCUUCAAUAAAAUUGCUGCACUUCACUGAAAUAA